AUGAGCACCUGGCACCACUGGUGCUCCAUGAGAUCUUUGCCACACGCAUUGCUCCUCACCUGCAAGAGCCACGUCUUCAUGUGGAGGAGCUGGACUUGCUGGAGCGCUUCCUCUCCGCCCUGCCUGAGAGGUGGCUGGAUCCCUUGCCGGCCGCCCUCGCGCCGUUGCGCGACUGCUUGGGCCCUCGCGCCCCAAAAGGCGCUGCGGCGCAGUUCACCAAGGACCGGGCGCAUCGUCUGUUGCAGCGGAUGA